CCGGAGGCUUCAAGAAUGGCGCCUUCACAAAGCGGAACAGGACGUCAAAAUGAGGGAGUGUAUCCUCAAGAACAAAGAGGCGGUGAAGCUGGGGGCCAGGCUAGAAGAGGAGCUUCGGCAGAUGAACCUAAAAUUGGAGGCUGCAGAAAAGGGGAAGGCUGAUGCUGAGGCCGCUGCUGAGGAGGCCAGGAGAGCUGCCAAAGAGGCCGAGGAUUCCAAGGCGUUAGCCGUCGCCAAGGCUCAGGAGGAGGCCGUUGACGCCUUCGUCGCCGAGGGUUGGAGAGCCGAGGGGCGCAAGAUGUGGGUGUCCUCGGUCGUGGAGGCAUGCGUUGAUGAAUGGGCAGAGGGCUCUGGGUGGGAAUGGAUGGCCCGGAAGGGCAGAGAAUAUUAUGAGGCCGACGAAUUCUUCACCCAGGCCCUCAUCUAUCGGAGGAUGGCCCGACACUUGGGUAUUGAGCCAAAGGAUUUCGCCCCCUCGGCAUAUGGCCUCCCUCCCCUGCAGCCUGAUGUCCGUGAAUCCCUUCCCGAAGGUGUACAACGGCCCGACCUUGAGGACACAGAGCUGAAGAAAGAGGCCGAGGACGACGCUGUUGAGGCCGGAGCGGAGGUAUCGUCGAGGCCGGCUGCAGAGGACGCCCCGGGGAAUGAUGUUGUCGAAGUUGUUGAGUGAUUUUAUACUUAGAAAUUUCUGAACAUAUUUUGUAAUGAACACCGUUGAUCCUUCGGCUUCGGCCUGUUUGUAAUUUUACACUCAUUCCUGUUCUUGAUGAAUGCAUGCUGCCUCCGG